AUGGCGGCUCCGUCCCCCGGCAAUCUGUCAGCUCAGCAGCUGGCAGAUAUCUCGCCGAUCGGAACUGCUGUCCUCAAUGUGCGAGAUGAGAUUCUAUUCUCGAACCGCCGUUUCCGAGAACUGAUGACCUGCCGAUCGCGCAGGGCAUUCGACGGUUGGUCACAAUCGAUUGCCCGGGGCGACUACGAGCGGGUGGCAACGGCAUACGACACCGCGCUGAAGGCCAACAAAGCGCUGCGCACCGAAUACCGUACGGGCGACGAGCCAUGCCAAUGGCGCCUCCUCAUGCUAACGCCAUUCAGCGAGGAAGAACUGCGCGGACUCCCCCUCGGUACCGAGGGAGGCUCCUACUGCACAAUCACCGACAUCACCGAAGAAAAGCGGGCGGAGAUUUCACAAAAGAAAAUCGCCGAGGAGGCGCAACGGCGGAAGGAACAACAGGAACGCUUUAUCGAUAUGAUCAGCCACGAGGUCCGGAAUCCGCUUUCCGCCAUUCUACAUUGCACCGAAGACAUUUUGGAAGCCGUGCAGCAGCAGGACCAACAGGACAUCCGGGUCAAGGACAUCGCCCAAGCGGCGGAAACGAUCAGUCUUUGCGUUGCGCAUCAGAAGAAGAUCGUUGACGACGUGCUGACGUUCUCGAAGUUAGACGCAGAAAUGUUCACCUUAUUGCCGCGGCGCGUGCAGCCACGACAGCAUCUGGCCAUGUCGUUAAGCAUGUUUCGACCAGAGCUGCGAAAGCAUGACAUCGACUUCGAAUACAAGCUGGACCACUCCUACGCCGACUGUGAAGUGGACUGGAUUAUCGCUGAUCUCGACCGCAUGAGUCAAGUUCUCGUCAAUCUUGUCUGCAAUGCGAUCAAGUUCACAGCCAAGGCGGGCAACGAGAAGAAGAUAUCAGUGUUUAUGGGUGCCUCCAAGUCGGCUCUGCGACGCAAUGCGACGAACCGGCCCGAGUGGGGGGAGGGUGGCAUGGCCUAUAUCAUGGUCGCGGUGAAGGACACGGGCAUUGGAAUCACCGAGGAAGCACAGAAGCGGCUGUUUGAACGAUUUAAUCAAGCCACCCCGAGAACCGAGUCGAUCUACGGUGGGUCAGGGCUUGGCCUCAACGUCAGUCGGAGGCUCUGCCAUAUACACGGGGGCGAAAUCGGCGUGAGCUCGAAGGAGGGUCACGGAAGUACAUUCGGCUUCUUCUUCACCGUUCGUCGAAGUGUCGAGAGCGCCAAGAGCAAGCCACCUCGACAAGAGCCGGGGGCCAUCGCCGAGUUGUGCCGGGAAGUUCAAGCGCUCAGCCAUGAGGUAACGGAAGGGACAAACGAGAUCACCAAUCCGGCCAUUCCUACCAGUCCUGAGAUCACGCAUGUGAAGGAGGUCUCCCCCAGCGCGUCCAAAGACGAGGCCUGGCAACAUACCGCCCGAAUCGCCUACGAGGCAGGAAACACGGAGGUGAUGCGUCACAGUCCCAGUCUUGCCCAGUCCACCGACCAAUCUCAGUAUCCCAAGCAGCAACCAUCCCAAUCACCACGGCCUCCACCGGACGCAACCAAAGAACGACGGGUUCUGGUGGUAGAGGACAACGUAAUCAACCAGCGUAUUGUGGCACGCAAGCUCGAGUCCAUGGGGUUUCGAGUGACCGCGGCCAGUAAUGGGCGCGAGGCUCUGGCUAUGGUCCAGCAAAGUACAUUCGACUGCAUUCUAAUGGAUCAGGCGAUGCCAGUGAUGGACGGAAAUUCAGCGACGCGAGCCGUUCGCGAUCUCGAGAAACAUGGGAUGGCGCAUGUCCCGGUUCUAGGCGUCACUGCAAAUGUCCGGGCCGAGCAGCAAGCGGAGAUGAAGGCAGCAGGCAUGGACGACAUUAUUCAUAAGCCAUACAAGAUGCGAGACCUGUGUGACAAGAUUCAGCAGUUGAUAGGAUGA